UGCCGUCACUUUUCCCUUCCACACUUCGGUGCCCUCUCCUCGCCCGAUCGCCGGUGCUCCCCUCACCCACCGCUGCAGCCGUCGCCGGCGCCGACGCCUUCCCCUCUUCUCCAUCCAAGCCGCCGGCGUCUUACCCUCUUCCCCAUCUCAAGCCACCGGCGGCCGACACCUUCCCCAUCUCAAGCCACCGACGCCUUUCCCUCUUCCCAUCGCAAGACGUCGUCUGCCUCCGCACCGCUGGUGUCGUCCCGCCGACGAGAACGCCUCCAUUGUCGCGGCCCACCAACGAGGAUCCCUCCGCUGUCGCCGUCCGCCGCCCGCCGACGAGAAUGUUGUCCGCCUGUCCGUUGUUUCGGUUGGUUGUGAACUUUUUGUCCUCGCCUCAUCUCCCGGCGAUCUGAUCUCCUCCGCUUGGGAUGGUCACUUGCCGUGCUCCAUAGGUCGAUCUUGCACCUGGACUUUCGUAGGCAAGUCUUCACUAUCGGGCGCACUCUGGGUUGAUGGAUUCCGGCGACAGCGUCGAUGGGAGCCCGGACGAGCCAAAGACUCCCAACAGGGGUAGAUCGAAGAUGACUAAGAAGGAAACUGAAAGCGUAUUGAAGCAGAAAUCGCCUGCUGAGUUCUUCGCUGAGAACAAGAACAUAGCUGGAUUUGACAAUUUUUUGUAUCAAGUGAACAUCUUUACCCCCCACCAGCCUGGGAAAUCAUUAUACACUACUAUUCGAGAACUUGUGGAAAAUGCUCUUGACUCUGCUGAGGCAAUUUCUCAGCUUCCAGAUAUUGAGUUAGUAAUGAUAACGGGAGAGGAAUGCCACAUGAUGAGAUACCAAACAUGUUUGGAAGAGUUCUUUCUGGUACAAAGUAUGGUUUGAAACAAACUCGUGGGAAAUUUGGACUUGGUGCAAAAAUGGUACCUUGGUUUCUUUUGCAUCACUCUUUCACAUUGUAGAGCAUGGUAAAUGAUUUUUAGUCAUACUCAUAGAUGCUUGUUUCCUGUAAUGAUAGUCCUUUUUGAAACAACCAUGAAGGUUUUUUUAAUUCAGUAAUAUUCCUUUAUGUGAGUUCAAUCUACAGGCUGCUGGUAGCCAAUAUGGAGUUUGAACUAGAAAUAUGAUGUUGACAGUAAUGAAACCCCUUUCUUCCUGAGCAUGAUUUAUGUCACAUUGCUAGUUGUAAUGUUCUCAUCUACUAUUUUUUUCUUAGCAUGUUUGAAUCUGUGAAUUUGGGUAAUAUUAACAUCUGCAGAGCUUUGAAUCUCGUUGGUCUGUUUUCUUGGUGGAUGAAUCAAAAGGGAGAAAGGAAGGGAAGGAAUAAUGAUAGAUGAAAAAAAUAAUAAAAGAUUCAUGUUGAUCAUCUGCUUCUUUGAAAAGUUAUGGUCUGUCUACUUGGGUACAUGAAAAGAAGGGGAGGGAAAGAAAUAUAAAUGUAGGUUAAAAAACAUUAGAUUUAUGUGUUUUCUUGGUUCUUUCCUCUCCAUCCCCUCUCCCAUCCUUUAUAUUUGAAAUGAGCACCCUUAUCCCCUCCUAGUCAUAAAUACGGCUUAAAUUUUAAUUUUUCUGAGUCAAUAUGAGUACGAAAAAAAAAUCUUACUUAACAAUGCUGGUUUGUUUCUGUAUUCUAAAUGUUUUUUCCCACUCCCACAUAACCACAAUUGAUGUUAACUCAUGCUUUGUCUGUGGGAAAAGUAUUGUGCUCAUUUGCCACAGUUUCCUUUGUUUUCAUUCUCGAAAAAAAUUGGAAUCGUUGAUCAUAGUUUAUGCCACUGAUUUAAAAAACAGUUCAUGCGGCUGCAUAUGCUUCACCUUUUUGUAUAUGCCCUUACACAUGCAUAUAUAAUCACAUUUGAUUGUUAUUUUGAGUUUGACCUAUAAGCUAGUGUAUUAGUUCAACCCAAUUGUAUAGAUUUGGAACAAAUGGGUUAUGAAUACAACAACCAACAAUAACCAAGCCUUAUCUCACUAGGUGGGGUCGGUUAUGAAUAAGAUAAUUAAUUUAAUCUAAACAGAAAAUCAACUAAAUGGUAGAAAGAGAUUUUUUUUACUAGAAUUGUAAUAUUUAUUAAGAAACAAUUAUUUGUUAAUUUAGGUAAAUGUUCCUACACAGACAUUAUAUUUUUGUAUAUAGUUAAAUGAUAAAAACUUUGAUAUUGUUUGAGAUUUGAUAAUGUUCAUGUUAUAACUAGAACCAUGUUUUGUGGACUUAUUAUAUUAAUUAAUCACGUAACAACUUUUAACUGCAUGAUAUCAUUAAUAUUUCAAUGUUUGUUAAUAAUGACUGCAGCUGCAUCAAAAUAUACUUGCACAUAAUGCCUAUUUACUAUGUGACGGUCUUAUGUAUACCACCAACAUACACUUUUUAAAUCAUUGUUUAUUUCUGGGUUAUAUCUAUUAUGCUGAUCCCGACAACAUUGGUUAUGACUUCAAUCAUGUUACAAAGUAGUUGUAUAAUUUUGCACUUGCUGUUCUCUGAUAAAAACCCAGUUCCAGAUGUGAACCUGGGUUAUGGAGGAAACAUGCUGGAUUAUUUGGAUCAUGGGGGAAACAACCCUAAAACAUGGAUUGUAUAUUCCAAGAGAGCUAAAACACAAAAGGGAAAGUAAACAAUUUAUAUUGUAGAAUUAGUUAUAUCUUUGUGACGGUUAUGUUUUCAUGUUUUAGAGUAUGUGUGUGGUUAUAAGUUGGUGGGAAGUUAGUGGGGAAGGGGUUUAAGAAUUAUUAUCAAAAGAGAUUAUGGUCUUUGGCCGGUGGAGAGAGUUUCUCUAUCAGAUUCGAGUGCUUUUGUUGUACUGUUUUUGUUAACUCUAAUACAAUUAUGUGUGUUUCUUUAUUCUGAAUUUUGGAGCCCUAACAUUAGUCCGACCUGUUGGAUGUAAGAGGGGUUGUAUGCUUAGAAGGAAUGCCAAAUAUGUCAGAUAGGGUUAAUAUUUUGGAAGAGUGGGUUGACGCAAGAAGGAAGUAUGGAGGAAAUCAGAGGUAUUAUGCAACGAUUGAUGUUUGAAGUACAAUAACAUGGUUCUCUUUUACAAGAGAUCAACAAGUAAUUUAGGUACAAGGGUUGAAGCAACACCAUUGAAAGGGGCAUCCAUUUCUGUUGAUCAAUCAUCUCAAUCUGAGCCUCAAGAACAUCAAAGUGAUCAAUUGGAGGAGUACAGGAUGUCUAUUAAGAAAGUAGAAUUACCAAUGGUGGAUGGUUGGGAUCUAGUGGCAUGGAUUACUAGGGCUGAAAUUUAUUUCGAAGUCCAGGAUACUUUUGAUGAAGUUAAGGUCAAGUUGGCACAUGUACAUAUGGAAGACUUUACCAUUCAUUGGUUUAAUCUUAUUAAGGAGACCAAAGUUAAUCUAACUUAGAAAAAACUUAAACGCGCUCUCAUUGUCGUUAUGGAAGGUGUAGACAUGAAAAUCCUUUUGAAGAGUUGGCAGCAUUAAAACAAAUUUUAAAUGUGGAAGAAUUUAUUGAAGCCUUUGAGUUGAUUAAUUUACAAGUUCCAUGUCUACCAGAAGAUUAGUAUGUUGACUAUUUCACCAGUGGAUUACAACCUCAUAUCUGAAGAAGAGUUCGAACUAAAUCCAUUGUCUAGAGGGCACUUAAUGCGAAUGGCAAAGGAUGUUGAAGAGGAAUUGUUAGAGGAAGGGGGAUUUCACAAAAAACAUAUGGGAAGGAGAAGUUAUGGAGCAAUUUUAGCCAUGGCAGUGCUGGUCUGGGAAAUUUUCGACCAUAUGUUGGGAAUAAUUCAAUUCAAAAGAAAUUGGGUCAAUCUUUUCAAAUGGACAGAACUAGUACAAUAUCAGGAUGGGGUUCCAACAUGAUUCGUGACUCUAAGAAAGCUAGUAAAACAGGUUCUGCAUCAAAUAGAAAUCCUUCUUUCUCCCAAGCCUCGACGGCACGAAAAGGAGGAGAUAAGUGAGGGUUCAUGGAAAAAUUCAGAGGAAUUCAUUCCAUUUCUUACCUAGAAUUAUUGGAACAAAGGGCCAAGGGAUUAUGCUUCAAAGGUGGUGAAAAAUUCCACCCACUUCACCAAUGUGCAGAGAAACAAUUGAAGUUAUUAGUGUUAGAAGAAAAUAAAAGAUUAAAUUUAGAUGGAGAGAUAGUGGGUCUUGAGGCAGAGACUUUAGAAGACGAGAAGAUGAGGAGUUGGAGUGUAAAUUUAUGGGAUUAUUGGAUAUGAAUUCAGAGAGGACAAAUGACAAUAGAACCAUGAAGUUAAAAGCAAAUUAAUGAGGAUUGAUAUUGUGGUGUUUAUAGAUAGUGGAGCCAGCCAUAAUUUUAUUUCUCCUCAAUUAAUUGUAGCUCUCGGAUUGAAGGUGUAAGAAAUAAGGAAAUUGGGAAUUAAACUGGGUGAUGUGUAUAAAGUGUCUACUAAAGGUAAGUGUCCCGAGCUAUACAUUCGCUUAGGAACUUUUGAGUUGAAAUCAAAGACAUAUGUAUUAGAAUUGGGAGGUGUAGAUGUAGUCUUGGGAGUUUCUUGGUUGAAAACAUUGGGGAAAGUUGUAAUGGAUUGGAAGGAGAUGACCAUGCAGUUCCAUCAUGAAGAUCUUUUAGUUACUCUGCAAGGUAAGUUGGAGGCAGUGAAGAAGAGUAAACAAACAGAAAAAAGGGGGUCAGAAUCCUGCUUCCUAUAUUGCCUUUUGCAAGGGCAUUCUCUUACUAUUGAUGAGUUUUUAUGGGUAGCAAAGGCAGUUCCUUCUUGAACAACAUUACCACUAGAAUUAGAAUUGAAUGCAUCACAACAACUGGAAUUAUCACUGGAAAGAUUUUCUGCAGUUUUCAAAGAAGAAAACAGGUUGCCGUACUAUUGCAAGAAGGGAAGAUUCGUAUUUGUGUGCAUCCAUACUGUUACCCACAUCAUCAAAAGAAGGAAAUCGGAAGAUAGGUUCAAGAAAUGUUGCAAUCGAGAUUUAUUCGGCCUUGUGUAAGUUCUUUCUCUAGGGCACCCAUUUGGGUGUAUCAAUUGGUUACCUUCACUAGGGCACCCAUUUACAUGUCUGCGCCAAAGUGCUUCUAGCUGAUCGAUGAUGGCUGAAGAGAUUGCCUAACAGACAUCGUUCCAGUCGCGACUGGUGCCCGAGGAUCCGAUGAGUCUCCAUUGCUUGUGGAGUUGUGGUGGCGAUAUCAAUCAUGGAUGCUGAACCUUCUCCCAUCUUUGUUCACUCAAUUCAAUGGAUCGAAGUCUUCUAAAUCUCCUUUGCCAUAUCUUUCAAGCCCAAGAAAGAAUAAUCUGUGACCUCUUAUUCAGUAAAAGAGGUUAUAAUACAAAAUUUUGUUAUUAACAAUCUGAAUGACAACGUGUUUAGAUUCAAAUCGGGAUUAACAAUUUUAUUUCGCUUUCAUAUUUUAUUUUCAGAUUUAGCUUUUAUAAUUCAUUUGCGGUAGCACAAUUUGAAGGGAUUGCCUAGUAAGAAAGCUGCUCGUUGUGGGCAAGAAGCAGGACAAGCCGCGGGCUACGACAGAACCCCAAGACGGCGCUGCUUACUCACCAUAAAGCAAAUUUACCAAACAGUGCAUCUAAAGUUUUAAAUUUACUAAAAGACGUAUAUUAUUUUACUAUUUAUCAAAUGACGCAUCUUUUCAAGUGCAAUUCCCAUUUUACUCUCUUGAUAA